AUGUCAGAAAAACAAAUUCAUUAAAAACAUUAUGUUGAGCAUAAGGCUAAAUCUUAAGGAUAGAAAGCUAGAUUUUUAAAUGACAAGGAAGACCCUGCACAUCCACCUCAGAUGAGGAAUGCAUAACGGUUUUUGUAAUAUUGAAAUGUCUAUUAAGCAAGUCGUAAACCAAAAACUACUUAAGAGUUGAUUGUGUUACCACAACCUUCAAUUUAGUAUGUUCAUCCUGUAAAUUUAUUUAUAUUUACAUUCAUUUAGUAUGUUCCAAAGCCUACUCCAAUCCCAGAAGCCAUAAAAUAGAUAGACAAGAAGAUUAUGGCUUAUAGAAGAUUGAUGGAGAAGGAAAGACAAGAGAAGUUGAUGAGAGAGCAGUAGGAAUAAGAAAGGUUGCUUGAAAACGAAGAUGAUUAGAGAAGAGCCUUGGAUUUCAUGACAAACCCUCAAAUUCAAGGAGUGGAAAUUCAAGAUGAAGAGGCACAAGAGGAGGAAAUGGAAACUAUAGUUUAAGAACCAAAGUAAUAGGAAGUGAUUGCAAAUAGAGAUGAUAAUAAAUGUUCAUAUUCAGAGGCAGUAAAAAAGAGGGAAUAGACCUAUGAUCAUACUUUAUAAAGAAUGUAUGAAAAAAGGUAGAACCCAACAUUAUUUGCUGUAAAUGAUAAUUUUAAUUAGAGAAACUAAAAAAGAAGCCUCCGAUUCUCAAUAUUACUGCAAGGAACAAGAUUACAAAAGGUUAUGGUAAAUUGGAUCCUCAAGAACAUUUAUUAAGAGUUUAUAACAGGGAGAACGUGCCUGUCAUGCCAGAAUUGAUCAUCCCUUCGUUCACAAUUAAAAAAGACUAAAUGGCCAAAAACAUCUUAGCUUAUUUGGUAAUUUCGUUCAUUAAUUUAAAUUAUUAUAGAAAGAGUACACUCCUCUUUUUAGAGGGUAUAAAAAUUACGAAUAUCCAAAAUGUGUUCAAAAUAUACUUCAAGAAGAGAUAGAAGCACUUCCAAAUCAAUGA